AUGAAUUGCCGCUCGGAAGUGUUGGAGGUGUCUCUGGAGGCUCGGCAGGUGGAUGAGGCCAUGGCGGCGCUGUUACACACCAUCCUCCUGCACCGCAGCACCGGGAAGUUCCACUAUAAGAAGGAGGGGACAUACUGCAUGGGGACGGUGGGGACACAGGACGUGGACUGCGACUUCAUUGACUUCACCUUCGUGCGGGUUUCAUCGGACGAGCUCGAGCGCGUGAUCCGGAAGACGGUGACCGAGUUUAAGGAUGCGCUUGGGAACUCGGGCAGUGACGGAAUGGGCCAGAUCUCUCUGGAGUUCUACCAGAAGAAGAAGUCGCGCUGGCCGUUCUCGGACGAGUGCAUCCCCUGGGAGGUGUGGACCAUCAAGGUGAACGUGGUGAACCUGGCCAACGAGCAAGAGCGUCAGAUCUGCCGGGAGAAAGUGGGCGAGAAACUCGGCGAGAAGGUCAUCAACAUCGUGGAGGUCAUCAACCGACACGAGUACCUGCCCAAGAUGCCCACGCAGUCCGAGGUGGACAACGUGUUCGACACGAGCCUGAAGGACGUCCAGCCGUAUUUGUACAAGAUCACGUACCAGAUUACGGAUUCUCUCGGGACGUCGGUGAGCACCACCAUGAGGAGGCUUAUCAAAGACACGCUGGCGUUGUAACAGGGUUAUAAACUUCCGUUCAUCAGUCAUCAGCCUUCAUCAGUACACUUAUAUAUAAAUAAUUUAUCAGUCUGUAAUUAAUAUCAGAAAUACACUAGCAGUCAAAAGUUUGUACACCCCUGAUUAAAUAUAUUUUAUUGAUUUUGAAUAAAAGCUGAGUUUAAAUGUAAAUAGUGACAUUAAUGUUAACGCCCGUGUAUAAGUUUAAUGAACACUGUUUUAAAAUAAAGCUGUUUCUUUGCCGUUUUUGGGAACUUUAAGAAAGCCUCCAUGGUGAGAGUUUGCAAAACAUUAGAAAUGAAAAAUACUAAACAUUUUGGCAUUUUUCUUGGUCACUUCCUGAUUCCAUGUUGUGUUCGACCUAAAAUAGUAUAAAAUGAAGACCUUGUAUGAGCAGGGGUGUACAAACUUUUGCCUGGUGGUGUAAAUCUGUCUCUUGUUCCGCAUGGCCAUGUGACGCAUACACGAACUGACUUCUGUCCUGUACAGUGUAAAACGAAUCCUGAUAAAUCCUGAUUUUCAGUUUUGUAAAAAAAAAAAAAAAAAAAAAAGUGACUACUUUUUUCUCAGAAUAAAACUGAAACCGUGUAAAAA